UUUGUUUCUUCCUCUCCUAAAUUGCACCUGUAGUUUAUUAUCUUUAGGAAGUUCCUCCACAGCUUCCAAUGGUGCAGAAAUAGACUGACCGUCUGAAGGGGCUUCACAUGAAUGUUCAACAAACUGGUCGACUUAUUUUCUACGAUGAGUUUCUCUUUUUCUGUUCAGUACCAUGGUUUAUUCAACAAGGGAGCCACAUGCUACUUGAACAGUAUCCUGCAGGUGCUGUUUAUGACCAAAGACUUCAGAGAAGCUGUUCAAAGGCCGGCUAGUGACAAUUACACUGGGUAUAUUGAUGGUCACCUUAAAGAGUUGUUUGAUGAAUUACUGACACAGACUGGAGAUACAUCUAAUAUAAUAAAGGCACUGGACAUUGACAGAGUGUACGAACAGCAGGAUGCAGUCCAGUACUUUGAGAGGAUUUUGAAGCUGACCAGUCCUGAGGCAGUGAAGAUCUUUCAAGGAGCGAUGGCACACAGGACCGUUUGUGGUACGUGUCAGACAAUGACAGAUGUAGACGGGCCAUUCUGGCACCUUCCUCUGCAAAUGGUGGAGUCGCCCCGUGAAGAUUACAGCGUGAUGGAUGGCAUCAGCACAUUUUUCCAAACCACAGUCUUCAGUGGAGACAACCAGAUGUUCUGUGACAAGUGUGAUGACAAAGUUGAUGCCACUAGUCAAUACGUCAUAAAGCAUCAUCCAGAUGUUUUGAUUCUGCUGCUGAAGAGGUUUGACUUCAGUCACUAUUAUAUGUCAUACUUCAAAAUCAACUGUGUUGUGGAUGUUCCCUGUUCUGUAAAGAUACCAGAGAAUCAAGCAUAUGAACUGUAUGCAGUGGUGGACCAUUUUGGUGACCUGAGAAGUGGCCAUUACAACACAAUAAUCAAAUCCCAGGAUGAAGAAGACCAGCAGUGGUUUAUCUUUGAUGAUUCCAGGGUCACACGAGUAUAUUGUCAUCCAUUCCAAGACAAUGAAACUGUAAAAUCAAGAAGUGCCUAUCUUCUAAUUUACAAAAAAGACAUAGGUGCUCAAAACAUCAUGGAGCAGCCUACAAAUGAAGGUUCCCCACGUGCUACCAGUGAGAACUGUGACCAAAGUCUUGAUGCUGAUGGACAGGAGGCAGUGUGUAUAGAAAAUCAUUCAGAAGUAAAAAACAUGCAGGCUGGACCACAAAGUCAUCAAAUGUUUGGUAAGAGGACAAGUCUCGACUUGGGUGACAGUCCUCAAGAAGCUCCUGUUAAAGAUCUAGAGAGGGGGAGAGGGCAGGACGUUGACACACAAGUACCUGAGAUGAGGAUAGAAACAGAUGUUGAAGAUAAGACGAGAAACAUGGAGCUAAACACAAGAGAUGAACAUCAAUCAAAGAGAAGAGCAUCCAGUCCAAAACCUCACAGUAGUGAAGACGUAAAGGACCAAGAGGGACUAAUAGAUGGAGAGUGUAGCUCUCAGAAGUCGAGACUUGCGUAUAAAGUAAUAGAAACUGAAUGUAGAGAGGUCCCUAGUGACGGUGCAGGAAGCAGCAGGACAAAGGAAAUGAUAAGUGAGAUUAAAGAUGGCACCAUUAAAAGACUGGUCGAAGAAAAUGAAGAGGCUGUCAACAGAAAGUCUGAUACUGCAAACGAUGCAAUGGCCAGUUUACCAACAGGUGUGUCCCGUAUGACACUGGAUGAGUCCCCAGUGGCAGAACAACCAGAACACAGAACCAACAGCGUCACUGGGAAAGCUGCAGGGAAGAAAAAGGAAGUUCAUUUUGAAGUUCACAAAUUGAACAAUUUCUGCGGACCAAAAACAGAAGCAGUUCGAAUGAAAUACAUUCACCAGAAAGGAUUUUCGCACAAGAAAAAAUGGUGGUGUAACUCAGGAUUAAUGGCGCGUAAGAGAAGGAGAGUACAGAACAGGACAAAAGCGAGGAAAAUAAAGCAACAAAAGAAUGUAAACUGGGAUUCUGAAGCAGAUUGAUGUAAAUUCCAUAUUUUUCCAGGUUGAGAUAAGUGUCCAUUAGAUUGAAACAUUUGAUAUUUUUAAUUUUUGAACCUUAUUAGUAAUGUCAGAUCAUCAGAGAUCAAUCAGGGUGAAGGGUCAGCGCAGCCAGACUGCACAACAUUUCUCUCUCUGAGCAGGAGUGUGAGACUUCUUUUUCUUUAGACUUCCUUAACUUAUUGUUUUUGUGCAGAGCUUCACAAAGAAAAAAAUGGGAUGUAAGAUGUUUAAAAUUAUCAUAAUUAUUGCAAUUGUUUGUAAAGAUAAAAAAACUGCUGAAUAAUAAACUGAAAACAUCAA